AGUCUAAAGAUGGCGAAACAGUGACUCACAGUAUUGUGAUCAACAGUAAAGUAUGUAGUACUUCAACUGUGACGGUAGAGUAAUGGGACGUCGCUAUUUGCACACCGAUCUACACACUUUCAAUUGUCUCCGUUGAUUAAAAUCACGAUAAUUACUCUUUGUUAUCUUACCAUAUAAGGAUGACCUAAUAUAACCGGAUAAUAAGUUGAGAGUUACAGGAUGGUGUGAUUAAGUCAAUAAGUGAUACCAAAGUGGUCGGUCAACAUAUAUCUGAAAUGUACUGUUGUCAAAAGCGUUGACAUUUCAAAAUGUUUUCGAAGACUUUCGCAGCAGUAUUGGGAUUAUGCUUAUAUUCAGCUAAUUGUGAUGUUUAUUUUCAUACACCAAGAGGAUCCAAUGAUCGACUUAAUGAAAAUACCAGGAACAGGAAAAACGACAAAAGGCUGUUCGAUUCUCAGAACAAUAAUCGAGGGGGCUAUAAUGUUGGACCACAGCCCAUGAGUUACUAUGCUGGCUCAAAACUACAGAUAGAAUGGACCAAUCAGCAUUCAUGUUCUAAUGAGAACAACAAUUGUGAGUUGGUGCUACAGUACAUGUGUGGUCCAAAUGUCCGGGAUGGUACCACAACAGAUACAAUCAAGCUGAACCCUGCUGAUUGUGCCAACAAAGACUGCAAUACAGACACCCAGUAUGGGAUGCACGAGGACUUCGAUUACUACGCACAAUGCUUAAUGAGGCAACGAAACAUGGGGCUGUUUACUGCUGACCAGAAUAUGAAUGGGAACAGAAAGACAGCAGUUAGCACUCGCCAGGACAACAACGGGCGUAACAAUCGCUAUGGUUACGAGUGUACAGAGGAACGAGACUACUAUCCAUACUGGCACACCUCUCCUUGGAAGGAUAUUGCAAUAUUGACCAACAAUGUAGACCGAUGUCAGUUCUACAAGUCUGAGAGCGCGAAUGUGAAGUCCCGCUGGCAGUGCAUGUUCCAGACAGAUAAACUACAGGAGAUGUACAAGAACAAUGUGCCGUACAUACCCAAUAACAAGGAGGAAUGUGAGUCAUUCACAUACCCUCCUAAUGACCCAAAUGGUGUCCGUGGAGAAUGGAAGGAGCUCCCUGCCCAUGGGUUACCUGCACCUGAAUGUCGAGAGACCCAGUUUACACGUGACAACCACCUGGGGAAUGGUCUUGAUGGCAACCCUAACAGAUUCAACUGGACGUUGCCAAAUAUUGAUGAGGAGAAAUGUGUACUCCGGAUCAGAUACAACAUAUCUACCAAAGACUACGAUGGCUGGAGUACCGAUGCCAGCAAGAACUCAGACAAACCUGGAGAAGCCACGAAACUCGACCUCUCACAAAAAUAUGGCUUUCAGAACUCUGAACAGGCUCAAGGCCGUGGUUAUGUGUUCAAUGGAAACCCUAAUGUUAAGAUUUUUGAUGAGGGAGAUUUCGCAUUUCAGCUCGCAAUUGAUACGUCACAGUUUGGAAGAACAUUUCAAGAUAGGUCCCAUGUGUUUUCCAUCAAGAAGCGUUCUGCUGAACUUGCAGGGGUCAAUAUACACAAUGUGAAUGUUCGUGGCAAGCGGGGCAAUAUAGUGCAGGUGUAUCCAGCGGUAGAGUAUGACUUUGUCCCAAAUGUUCUGGAGAUACCACAAGGAGACUUUGUACACUUCCAAUGGAAUGGAGCAGACACUAAUCCCCAGAAUAACGAUGGUCAAGGACAGAAGGGCACUGAUCGCAAUAAUGCCUUAAGUCUACGUGACAAGAACUACCCGGAGGGAACCGGUGUGCAGUAUGGCCCUGCCCUCACACAUGGUCACUAUGGCAACAACUACCCAGCCAACAUCAGCCAAUCACAGUUCCUGGGUCUGUCACAGGAGGAUCUGCUGAAACUAGCUUUCCUUGAUCCUGGAAAUGGUGAGCUUGACAAGGACUUGAACAAAGCAUCUCCAUACUUUGACCUUGGUCCAAGGAAGGUAACACAGCUAGGAACGUACCACUAUGUGUCCACAAGGAAUAAUGACUUCAGUAAUCGUGACCAGAAGGCCCGCAUCAUGGUCACCGAUAUGGCAUUUACGGAGAAUGCUGUAGGGACACUUGGAGGGGACAUUGUGUUGCCACAUGGCCUUGGUACAGUUCACAUUGAUGAAGGUGUGUUCGAUGGGCUUCACAUGAUGAGGUUAGAGGUGUGGCCUAGAGGUCAGGGAGGGGUCAAGGUCACAGCUGCUAGAAAUAAUCUCCAGGCUGGAGAAGACUUUGCCAGUGAUUUCUUAGUGUUGUAUCCCGAAUCUAAACUUGCUCAAGCGGAGAAAUACAUGACUGUGUCACUGAAGAUCGAUGGCGAUGCUAGCAAUGUUGGCAUGUACCAUACUUCCUCCAAAAAUGGUUUCACCACCUGGACCAAAGUACAUUCCAAUAUCGAUGGAGAUUUUGCUCAUUUUAAAGCCAGCUCAGGUGGAGUGUAUGUGGCAAAAUCACACAGCCAUACUGUACUUAUUGUAGCACUGGUGGUCUCCAUUUCAGUUAUGCUAGGUAUUGUGUUCGGUGGGGUGUUGUAUUUUAGAAAGAACCCAACAAAAUGGAAGAAACUUAAAAGUGAAACCCAAAACUUGAAAAAGAAUUUUAAUGAUAAUAUUUAAUGAUUAUAUUCUUAAUACUUUCCAUCUAUUUAAAAAGAAUUAUUUUUGUCAGCAUUACCACAAUCAGUGUAAAACACCAACAAUUUUGGGAAAGGAGUCCACCACACUACCAAGUUACAAGUGUUAGGGGUCUUAAAGUCUAAAUCCAGGAAUCCAGCAUUUUAAGAUGAAAUUUAAUGUCAUAGAGAAAACAAAAGUAUUGAUUUAUUAAUGUUUUUUUUUUUAUCUAAUCAGAACUUAGUAAAGUUCUGAACUUUAUUAAGAUUGAAGAAACUGACAUGAAUACCAAAAGAUCUAAAAUAGUGUUAAUUUCUACUGUCUUCCAUGAACAGCAUGUUGUGGUCUGACGUACUGCCAAAAUUUAAAAAAAAUAUAGACACUUGGACACUCCACGAGUUCCAAACUCUGCCGCAAUAAACUAAUAAAAUUCAAUUGUUUGUUUCACAAGGAUGAUAUAUUGUAUUGUUUGAAAUGAUUCAUUGUUAAUCUACAUAACACAGGUAUGUCCAAUUUUACCAUACAAUUUUAUUCCUUGAACUCAGGAUAUGAUUGUAUUGACAUUCCUGACAUGAUCAUGUCCCGAUUCUUACUGUAGUGUUUAUUUUAUGUGGAUAAUUACCAAAGUAGACUUUAGCACAAACCGACGUACUCAUGUCCCGAUUCAUACUGUAGUGUUUAUUGUACAAGAAUAAUGACCUAAGUAGAUGUCCCGAUUCAUACUGUAGUGUUUAUUGUAUGAGAAUAAUGACCUAAGUAGAUGUCCCGAUUCAUACUGUAGUGUUUAUUGUACAAGAAUAAUGACCUAAGUAGAUGUCCCGAUUCAUACUGUAGUGUUUAUUGUAUGAGAAUAAUGACUAAAGAAGAUUUUAAAAUUAACUGACAUGAUCAUGUUCCAAUUCAUAUACAUUUAUGUUCCGAUUGAUACUGUAGUGUUUAUAGUAUGAGAAUAAUGAUCAAAGAAGAUAUAAGCACAAACCGACAUACUCAUGUCCCGAUUCAUACUGUAGUGUUUUUUGUAUGAGGAUAAUGACCAAAGGAGAUUUUAAAAUAAACCAACAUGAUCAUGUCCCGAUUCAUAUAUAGUACAUGUAUGUCCCGAUUCAUAUAUAGUACAUGUAUGUCCCGAUUCAUAUAUAGUACAUGUAUGUCCCGAUUCCUACUGUAGUGUUUACUGUUUGAGGAUAAUGACCAACGAUGACAUAAGUAUAAACCAACAUGAUCAUGUCACAAUUCAUACUGUAGUGUUAAUGGCUUGAGGAUAUUGACCAAACAAGACUUUAGCAUAAAAACGACAUUGUCAUGUCCUGUUUCAUACUGUAGUGUUUUUAUUGUUUGAGGAUAAUGACCAACACAGAUUUUAGCAUUUACUGGAGUGUUCGAGUAUUUGCUCACUUAUGUCUUAUUGUUUGUUAGCUUUUUGUCAUUUUCUUAUAUUUCAAAAUGUUUGUUUUUAUACUACAUUUUUUUAAUACUCCACACUCUUGCCAUGAUGUAUCUUUUGUUGCAUACUUGUAUGUAAAAUGUAUGUAUCUGCUGGUCAGUAUACUCUUUGGAAAUAAAGAAUGAAAUCUG